AUGAUGCCAAGACAUGCCUUUGACGAGCAUUUGCUAUCCGCUAGGCUCAAGCAGUACAAUAACAUUGGCACAAUCAAGCUACCCUCGAGUCCAAGGAAACCCGAAAUUCCCGUUGAUUGGGCACGCAGAAAUUUCGCGGCUGUCGAUACUGCGGUUUGCCCAAUGAAGAAAACGGCGAUUUACCCGGCGAAAACAGACGACAUAAAACACGAGGAAGAGAUAGACUACACGGAGAAGGAUCACCUGAAUUCUGGCCAAAACAUCGUCAAUGCACUAGGGACGAGCAUGAUUGCCAAAGCGCGACUAGAAGGGCAGUCCUAUCCACGAGGUCAGUAUUCUCAUUAUUUGUUCUCGAUCAGUUACUCUGAUCUCCAUUAUCCCGUAUUCUUGGAUGGCGUGCGAUUUGUUCUCCUGGAUAUUGACCCAUUCGUCUCCUUAGAUUCCCCUUCGAGUCUGCUCCUUCUUCGACUGAAGCCAGAAGCCGCGUCUAACCGCACCAGAUGCCUCAUUCUUACCCGUGAGGCAGCAAGUCUACGCCCUGCGCCCAUUUUGACCCUCCCACCUUGGUCUGCCCGAGAUUUCUCUUUUUCUAACUCACAUCCUCUAACCCCCAACUUCUCUCCCUCUUCCACCCUCGGGGUCUUCUCAUUUUUUUCUUCUUCUUCCUCUUCUUCUCCGUCACCACAACACUUUCUCAUCGACAAAGCAGCUUCGCCCAACAAGAGGCGACGGCUUCAUCUCGCGAUACGCGUCGCUCAUGAUUUUGAUCAAAGUCUGAGCAGUUGGGACCGAUUUUCUGGCUCCUUCCUCUUCAACUCACGCGUGGUCAGGCAGACUCACUUGGUUGGUUUUUCCGUCUGCCACAGCUCACUUCCUCUUCCUCAUUCUCUUCCUCACACCUUUCUCUUUCUUUUUCUUCUUCUCAAAUCCAACACCACCGCCUUUCUGGCUGCCCACUUCGCAAUGUCGACCUUCUUCCAGCUUUGCUUCCAUUCGAUCCUCUUUUCUCUUCCUCUGCCAAUCCCCUCACUCGGCUUUUUCUUCAUUCCACCUCACCUCAGCCAUGUCAUUAUCGGCUCAUUCUCAUCUCUCUCGCCCGAAUUGAUUGGAAAUUCAGCGCAAAUCUUCCUCGCGAUGGCCUGCUCUCCUCCCUCCGAGAUCGAGGUUCCCAGAAUGAAGCGUUGUCACAGCAGCAACACCAUGGGCCAUUUGGACAGGCCAGUCACCCUUCUGUGGGCAGUCGGGGCAAAUCACCUCUUCAUUCCGGUUCUGCCUUCGGGCGGUAUGGUCUCAACCACCUCGGAUUUCCCUCGUGGAAGUCCUGGGAUGGUCCAAUCGGUUACUUGUUGCCACCAAUCCGUCCUGCUGGGCAAGCAGGGUAGCGGGCCUUGGAGGUACACCCUACUCUCUCGUUUCCGGGUGACAUUCUGGGUCCCCAUCGAUGUCUGGCUAGGUGUCGCAAGCCAAAAGUGUUUCUCCAUGGAUGUUAAGAAGUACCGAUCUUGGCGAGAUUGUAGUGGUAGCGGCAGCAAAGAUGCAGGAUCUCAAUGGCGUGGCACAAUAGAGGAUGACGAGUUGGGCUUACCAGACAACUCAUUCGAUGAUUCCGAGAGCCAGGAUGAUAUGGCAGACAAUUCAGUCGACUCUGACAACGGCAAUGAGGUACGCCCACAAUUCACAUUGUCAAAUGACGUAUCGGGAGUCCGGCGAUAUCUCAAGCUUGAGGCAUGUGUGGAUGCCAGGACCAUUUGGACCGGUCACCGACUCUACUUUGAGCCGGGGCAUCGCCCUUCGAGUGACGGAUAUCGGGUGCGGGACGUGGCGUCAACCUCCGGUUCGAUGGACUGGGGGAUGACUCGUGAGGGUUCGGUCUCGUCGUCGUCAUACCCUAAUAGAGCAGCUCGAGAUCAUUCCCUACUCUCCCGUUUUGGGGGUGAUUCUUGUGGGACGGCCCUGAUGACACCUUCGGGUGUCCCUGCGGAGAGCUUGGAAGAAAGCCACGCGGUGGUCAGAAGAAUUGGCCGCUCUUCCUACCAUCAAGCCUGA